CUUGAAGGUGUACUGUAUCUGACUUGUUGUGACUCGUCUACUUUAUUGUCAUUUGUUUAAGUAACUUUGAACUUUUGCAGUAAUUACUCAUCUCAAUUUUAGGUUGCGUUCCAGAAUAAAGUCAUUUGCGCAUUUCAGGGUAUCUUCGAAUAUCUCACCACUUACACACUUUAGCACAUCAUCACAAAUCCUCUAAUUGAUACAAGUUAGUCAGUUACCAGUCAUGUCAUUUUCAUCACUCGAUGAAUACGAUGAUGAUCCAUUGAAUAAGAUGAGAGGUCAACAACGAGUGUUUACAACUCAAUUGACCAUUUGUCUAUUCAUAGGGAUCUCAUCCUUCUUCCUAUUCUGUAUCCUAAGACAUAGAUGGCCUCAUAUCUAUGCUGUCAGAACAUUAAGAAAAUCUUAUAAUAGUCCUCCUAUAAAACCUUUACCUAAGAGUUAUUUUGGUUGGUUACUAGUCAUUUUCUCCAUCACUGAUGAAGAAUUAUUAAAUUAUUCAGGAUUGGAUGCCUACGUAUAUCUUGAAUUCUUUAGAAUGGGAAUCACCAUAUUUCUGAUCUUAUCGGUAUUGGCCAUUGGUAUUCUUAGUCCAAUUCGUUAUUACUUCACAGGAAAUUAUGAUAAAGAUGAUAUUAGUUGGAUUUUAAUUCGUUCACUAGCGCAUUACACAAGAUUUGAUGAUGAACCAGGAGUACCACCUGAUUUUAGUGAUGAUUUCCCUCAAUUCAUGUGGGUAUAUCCUAUAUUCACUUAUUUAUUUUCUUUCAUCAUUUAUUAUUAUUUAUAUAAUUAUACUACGAAAGUAUUAAGAGUUAGGCAAAAGUAUUUAGCAUCUCAAAAUUCAAUUACUGAUAGAACUAUACGAUUAGAUGGUAUCCCAAAGAAAUUAUUAUCUGCUGAUAAAUUAAAACAGUUUGUUGAAAAUUUACAAAUAGGGAAAGUAUCAGACAUAAAGUUGCUUUAUGAUUGGACUCCUUUAGAGAAGUUAUUUGAAAGAAGAGAAAAGAUUAUAUCCUCAUUAGAAAGGUAUUAUUCAACAAAGUAUAAUUUAACUAUUGAUAUUUAUAAUCAAGAUAAAAUACCUUCUGUUUUACCUGAUCUUGAAAAUAUCAAGGAGAACGUAGAUACUAUCAAGAUUGAUAAACAAAUCAAAAUCUUAUCUCAAGAAUUAAUUCAAGUCGAUAACUCUAUUAAAAAACUUCAGCAUAAUCAAGAUGAUCCUUCGUUUAAAAGAAUUAAUAGCGCUUUUAUUACAAUGGAAUCAGUUGCAUCUGCUCAAAUGGCUUCACAAACAUUACUUGAUCCUCGAGUGUAUAAGUUAAUGGUCAGUCUAGCUCCAGCUCCAAAAGAUAUACAAUGGAAUAAUUUUAGAUUAACCAAUUUUCAAAGAAUUCUUACAUCAUAUUCCGUUACCAUAAUUAUAAUUCUAAGUUAUGCUUUCAUUAUAUUUUUGGUUGUUCCAUUAGCUUCAUUAUUAGAAAUUAAAACAAUCACUAAAUUUUGGCCUGCAUUAGGUAAGUUAAUUAGUACUUCCAAAUGGUUAACCACAUUUGUCACCGGUAUUUUACCACCAUUAUUGUUUUCGGCAUUAAGUGUCCUGACUCCUUUCUUUUAUAAAUAUUUAUCUCAAAACCAAGGAUAUUUUUCAAAUAGUGAAAUCGAAUUGUCGACGCUUUCGAAGAAUUUUUUUUAUAAUUUCUUCGUAUUAUUUCUUGUCUUCGUCAUUACCGGAACUAUUUGGGAUUAUUUGUCCUACAUAAGUGACACAACAAAAAUUGCAUAUAAACUUGCAUCAUCGUUAAAGAACAAAUCAUUGUUUUAUGUGGAUUUGAUCUUAUUGCAGGGGUUGGCUAUGUUCCCCGUAAAGUUAUUACAAAUUAGUGAUUUUGUAGUCUUGAAUGUCAUUGGGAAAUUAUUUUUAAUCAAAAAUAUGUUUUUGAGAACCCCAAGAGACUACAGAGCUUAUUAUUUCACACCGCAAAUUUUUGAUUUUGGAAUUCACUUACCACAACAUAUCUUAAUAUUUAUUAUUAUCCUCAUUUAUUCAGUAUUGUCAACAAAAAUAGUUACCAGUGGUUUAGUUUAUUUUAUUUUAGGUUACUUUGUUUACAAAUAUCAAUUGGUUUAUAAUUUUGUUCAUCCACCUCAUUCAACUGGUAAAGUAUGGCCUAUGAUAUUUAGAAGAAUUUUAUUGGGGCUAAUUAUUUUUCAAUUGUUUAUGUGCGGGACUAUGGCCCUCGAAAGUGCAAUUUUAUUAUCUGCAUUAUGCGCUCCAUUAAUUAUUGUUACUGGACUAGUUUUAUGGAACUUUGAAAAGUAUUAUGUUCCAUUAAGCACAUUUAUUGCUCUUAGAGCAAUUCAGAACCCCUUUAACUUUGAUAAAGAAUUUGACGAUGAAAGAUCAUCCCUGCUGGAACAACCGAGUAGAAGUGAGACGCCUCAAGAAUAUGACACAGAUGAUUCGAUUGACGAUGAAAAUGCAAAUCCUCAAUCUCCUGGUAAUGUAUCUGUAACAUUGGAUGAAUCGUCUUUCUUAUUAAGUGGUGAUCAUUCCAUUUAUAAUCAGAAUUCUGCCCUAACGAGACGAAGAUCAACUAUUGAUGAGGAAAGGGAAAAAUCUUCUGAUUACACAUAUCCAUAUUUACUUGACCCUUUACAUGGACCAUGGGUAGGGUUUGAAGGUGAUAUUAUUUCCAUGGUCACGUAUAAUCAUUAUAAUUUAUCUGAUCUAAAUCUUGAAGACGGUGAUUUUUCGAUAAUAUCACAAAGAGAAGAAGAAACUAUAAUCCGAAAACGUUUACGCGUCAAUGAGUGGGAAUGAAUGUAUAGAUGAUAUAGUUAAUGAAAAGUUAGAAUUAAGAAGAUUCAGUAGAAUAUGAGACGAUUCUUUAGACGGAUUUUUGCAGUACAUUUUUUGUCUCGUCUAUUCGCCGCG